GUGGGAGGCCCGCCCACCGCCGGCCCCGUCCGACAGAUGCAAUCUCGGGCGCCUCCGUGCCAAGGCCGGCUCCGUGAGUGCCUCGGUCACGACGUCCAUCCUCGUACCGGUACGCACAGAUCGUCCUUCCACUCACCAGGCUCUCUACCGAUCAGUCGAGAUGGCGCCCUGGGCGUCGGCCAAAGCAAAGGUCCAACUCCGGUUGGCCAUACAGCGCCUGCGCACUCUCCAGGAGAAGAAGACGGCGCAGGCAAAGACCGCGCGCCGCGAUAUCGCGCUGCUCCUCGAGAAGAGCAAGAUCGAGACGGCGAGGAUCAAGGUUGAGAACAUCAUUCAUGAAGACAUCUACAUCGAGCUUCUCGAGCUCCUAGAGCUCUAUUGUGAGCUCCUGCACGCGCGGUCCGCCCUCCUCGAUCAGAACACGAAGGAGCCGGACCCAGGGGUAAGCGAGGGGGUCUGCAGCGUCAUCUACGCCGCCCCUCGCACCGAGCUCAAAGAACUGCACGUCCUGCGCGAGAUGCUCAUGCACAAGUACGGGCGAGAAUUCGCCAUAGGCGUCAUGGAGAACAGGGACGGCUGCGUCAACGAGCGGGUCGCCAAGAAGCUCGCGGUGUUCACGCCCGCGCCCGAGCUGGUCGAUGCGUAUCUCGCGGAGAUCGCGAAGGGCUACGGCGUGAAGUGGACGCCGCCGACGAGAGGCGACGGCGACGAUGCCGGCGGCGAUGGCGGGGUGGAGGAACCCACGGCCGAGAAAACCUCGGCACCAACAUCACCCAUGAGUGCAGAGAAGAUAUCGGCGGAGGCAAGGAGCGCGGGCGUGCGGACGCCCAAGCUCCCCGACCUGCCCCCAACGGAGGAGGACGAGGGCUCCCCCGGGGCCGAUCCCAAGCCCGCCGACGACUUCGAGGCACUGGCGAAGCGGUUUGAAGCACUCAAGAAGCGAUGAUUCAUACAGGGCUGCGCAGCAGGCCGAAAGUAGCACCGACGUGCCACCUAGACAUCACUGAUAAGACGCCUUGGUAGGCUGCCAAGC